GGGCCUUUUUUCCCCUUGAAAGAUGAUUCAGCUUUGUAAGGCAAGUGAAGAAGAUGGAGACUCUUCUAGCCUCCCUUCAAUGGAUCACAAAGCUUCGACACAAGUGCAAGCUUCCUCUCUUGUUUUCCCAGUCACCAUGAGGGAUUCACUGGAAAGUGGCUCGAGCUUCUACUGCACCAACAAGCAGAAUCCAUUAGCAGACCACUUGUCUGCAAAGACCUGGUCCACGACCACGGAGAACAUGGGUGAUAACAGAGGCCUCUUCGAGGCCUCAGUUAAGAGAAGAAGAGAGGGUCUUAGCGCAGUCACACGGAGGAGGCUGGAGACUCCGACGACUCCUGGCAGGCCAGUGUUCAGCUUCAGUCCUGGGCACCUCCCCAGGAAGGGCGUCCCCUCCAAGUGGGAUGAUGCUGAGAAGUGGCUGAUCAGUAGCCAUUGCCAUGAAUCACCUGCUCAUGUGAAAGUAGCAGUCGAGGCAUCGAAGUUCUCUAGGCAAAAUGGUGUCAUCCAAGAGAACGGUGAUGCUUUCGUUGGGAAGCUGCUGAGGGUUGCUCAGGAUAAAGCUCCAAGCUCACCUAAUCCAGCUUCUAAUGGGCCAGCCAUGAAUCCAGAGACAAAUGUAGCUUUCAGUGGAGCCUCAUCGGACGUACUUCUCAAAGACAAGUUUACAGAAAAUGUGGAAUCAGUCUACCCCAACUAUGGGUACUCCGAGAUCACCAAGGAAGGAUUUUUGUUCAAGAGUUCAUAUUUCGAACCCAUGAAAGAUUCGACAACAGCACUAGUAGCUGAGAUCGAACGCAGAGAUAUCGGCACUGAAAUGACUCCUUUAGGCAGCUCCACAGCAACGAGAUGCCACACUCCCGUCAAGAUCACUUCACCUGCAAGGCACAACACUCCAGCUGACAGGUCUGGCCCUUUGGUUCCUCACAGCACCGGCAUUGACAUUUCUGAGCUCACAGACUGUCACUUCGCCAAGCUCGAGCUUAGUGCUCAGUAUGAUUCAUUUGUUUCCAACUGGAGCUCAAGGGAAGAGGAAGACGAGGAGGUGUCAAAGAGCUUGAGGCAUUUGGAGAUAAGUGGUGGAAGGAAGAGCUCUGCUAAAUCCAGAGCUUCUGCAUGGGAAGAAGGGCAGAGAACUAAGAGUUGUGUCAGAUAUCAGAGAGAAGAAGCAAAAAUUCAAGCUUGGGUAAACCUUCAGAGUGCUAAAGCUGAAGCCCAGUCCAGAAAGCUGGAGGUGAAGAUACAGAAGAUGAGAUCUGACUUAGAAGAGAAACUGAUGAAGAGGAUGGCAAUUGUUCACCGAAGGGCUGAGGAAUGGAGAGCAGCAGCCCAGCUGCAGCAUUCACAGCAGUUGCAGAGACUAUCUUUGCAGGCACAGAAGAUGAAGAGCCAGCAGCAGAGCACUCGCUUAUCUGGAGAAACAGCUUGCGGCUGUUUCCCUUGCAACCACCACCUCUAAAUACAAAACAGAGCAAAGGACAUCUCUCUUCCCACAAGAAACCCGGAUAGAUCGAGAGCAACUCAUGUAACGAGUGCUAACUUGGUGGAUUCAGAUGAGUUGCCUGAGCACAAACGAAGGAUCAUGGAGAGAACAUGUGGCCUCUAGCAAGUGUAAUAUUCAAUUUCCUGACAACUACAAUGCCUUCAUUAGCCAAAAACCAUUAGAAGAUUUCACUGAGAUGAAAGGAAAGGGUUCAUAUUUUCCAGCCUCCUCCAUGUAGUCUUAGUCUAUUAUCUUAGUGCUUUCUCGACACUGAAGCUCUGAGCAGUGCUUAAUUCACUGUCCUCAAAUUUGAAAUGAGAUUUAGGGUAACUGUUCCUGU